AUGCCUCUAGUAUUGAAACGAAAGCUGAGCGAUGAUGGACUGGACCGUAGGAAACGAGAACAAUUGAGCAAGGAAGAGGAUCCGGACAGGCCACGUGUAGUAUUCGGACUUGAAUUGGAGCUCGACUUUGUGGUAGUAAAAUCGGUACAUCAAGCCUGGACAGACGAACGAAGGCAUCCGCUCAACACACCUUAUAAGUCUAAACGGAAUCGGAUUUUGGAUCAGCACACCGCGACAACAAACUCUGAGGCAUGGGGAAUCUUGUUGUCAUUAGCCGAGUACCUUGCGAUAUAUCUGAGCCACGAACACGAAACUCAGACCAAGAAAGCUGGGCCUCUCGGACGGGUGAUAUUCGCUCAACAUCCAAAACAAGCGCGAUCAGAUGCCUGGCAUGUAACAAUCGACGAUAGUUUGAAUCCCGAUCGGCAAGACCUCUCGAAAUAUCUGGAUAUUGAUUUCGUAAACGCGAAGGCUAAUUAUCGCGUAUCAGGCGCCGAGCUCGUCAGUUCGGUGUUGGAUUAUGAGGAGGAGGAAACCUGGUCUUCAAUGCUAAAACAGAUCCAACAAGGGCUAGCCUCUCAUUGGUCUAAGUUUCAAGAGACAAGACUCCCUCAAGACCUGUCGGAACAAUUUGCCUUUUUUGAAUCUAUGGGAACGGAAGCUUUGCAUCUGCACAUAAGUCUACCAGAUGUGCCCUGGGAUAGCCCUCUUGGAAUCAGCUGCGUCAAGAAUAUCAUGGUUUUAUAUGGACUUUGCGAAACCGAGAUUGAAACCUGGUUUUCUAGCAGAUUCAGAAACGAUCAGUGGUGUCAACGAUUGACCGGAGGGACAGAGUUCGAUAAAUCAGAGUUAGUCGAUGCUAGGUACGGGCUGUAUUCGGUAACAGAACUUGGCAGUCGAUUCACUCCAAAAACCUAUACCAAAGCGAUCUACGAUUGCGAGGAGCUCUGGGAUAUUAAAUCGUACGUGUCUGGUCAACGAAAACCUGGAACAUACGCCAAUGGUUUGCCAGUCGUUGUUCGCGACAUCGCCCACUACACAGCCAUUAACAUCAGCCCAUCUCGACCGAACAAGCCAUGGACUCUCGGGUUUCGUCAACACCAUGGAACCAUCGAUAAGAAGGAAAUCACAUGGUGGACGACAUUUUGCGUUGCCUUGAUCCGAUAUGCUUUUCUGAUGGCUAGAGUUGGGAUAACGGUGACGGAUGCGGAAGAGUGGGUUUGGCGACGGAGUAUACUUGAUACGAUCAACUUUCCACUGGCAGGCGUGGCCCAUUUCGAGGCGCAGAGGGAUAAGUUUUUUGUGCCAUUCAUAGCUGCCAAGGCUUAUCCUGAACGAGAGAUGAUUAAGGAACGGAUGAGAAAGGUUGAGAUUGCAGAAGCGAAAGCUAAGGCAGAAGGAGAGGAAGGAAAGGAUUUGCCAAAUGACACCGACGGUCUCGAAACCGAGGAAGACAGUGCAGACCUGAACACACAACAAGACUCUGACACCCUCGAAUCCAACACCCAGGCAGCGAGCCCAAAUGAUAUCCAGGAUGCAGAAGACCCCUUCGACACCGAAGCAACGUCAGCCACAACAACCCCACCCGCUCAAGAAGAAGAAGAAGUCCUCACCCUCGGCGCCGCCAUGGACGAACAAAUAAGGUGCAUGCCCUCCUACAUCGCCGCCGCCGCCAUACCAUGCGAGUAUGAAGGUGCUCCUCCCGGCCGCUCCCCCCGGCCGCUCCCCGGAUACGCGGGAGCAGCGCGCAGCGAGACGAAAUGCGCAGUGGAGCGAGUACAAAGGGGUUCUUAG